CGAAUGCACAGUUGGCAGUUUUGUUGAUUAAGCUUAGGAAAAAAUCAAUGCUUUGCUUAUGUAAAACCAAACAGAAUGGCCAGCAAGUAUGAUUAUAAACUGGUUAAUAACGAUCCUAGUCUCAAAGUCGCCAUAUCCGAACUCAGACAGAAAAUAGAGCAUAACGCACUCUUAGCGGUUGAUUGUGAAGGUGUUGAUCUCAGCAGAAAAGGUACACUUACUAUAAUAACAGUUGCUACCGAGGAGAAAGUCUACAUAUUUGAUGUUUUGGAGCUGGGAAAACGCGCGACAGUCCGAAGUGGACUUCGUGAAAUCCUGGACAACAAGUCAUGUACGAAGCUGAUGUUUGAUUGUCGGCAAGAUUCAGAUGCACUCUGGCAUCAGUUGAAUGUCAGGCUAACGGGAGUGUUGGAUCUUCAGUUGCUUGAAAUCCUUUACCGCCGUGAAAAUGACACAGCUAACAGCCAUGAGCUUUCCCGCACUAAGCAUAAAACUCGAAGCCAGAGAACAGAUGAAGUUGAAAGCAUUUAUGGUUUUCGUCGCUGCCUCGAACUGUAUCUAAAGGAUGAAGAUUUGCUUAAGAUGAAGGAUGAAGGAAGUAAAUUGUUAAAGAGGGACACUGAAGUGUGGGAGAAAAGGCCUCUACCUGAUAAGUUAAUUCAGUACUGCAUCGUAGAUACAAUGGCGAUGUUCCGAUUGUACGAGAAUAUGAAAGAUGUGGAAGAAAGAGAGGGGGCUCGUCUACGCGUUGCCUCCGAGAAGUAUGUUGAUCUGUAUCGAAGCAAAACGACAAGAUCUUUCGACGAUUUCGAAACCAAUGCAUUGCUUCCACUCGACAUCAUCCCGGACGAAGGAACUCUUUCUUUUCCGCCUGCUGACACUAAAUGUACUCGUUGCAAGAGACUAUUUCCACGAGAAGAGUUCACCAAAACACAACUAAAGAAUAAUGAGCAGAAGUGCAGGGUAUGUAAGGAAAUAAAACGCCGAGCAGAUGUACGACGAAAGAGAGAAGCGAAUAGCCAGGAUGACUUUCUUUAUCGUGUGUAGUUAUGUUAUUGUUAUUUUUGGUUCUUCUACUUCUAGCGAAAAGGUAAAUUAAGCGUAUAAUUAAUUUUUAUAAUUAUCAGGAAGAACUGACUUAAAUAUCUUUAAAUCAUAAAUAAGAAAAUUGUAGAGAAGAAUCGAAUACUAGAACUUGUCUUCACAAUGAAUUUAAGCAUUCCCGUCGGUAGCAUUUUUUAAAACCGCUGUUCACACGAAGUCAGUCAAGCGCUCGCUUACAGACUCGAGCUUGGCAUGUUUCGAUGUUUUUUAUUGAAGUAAGACAAAUCGAUUACGCUCUUAGUUAGUAAAGGGUCGCUAGUUUUAUGGUUUCUAUAUUAUAUCCCAUUUUUUUGGAUUGCACGUUUCCGAAUGAACACGAAUAAUUUCUAUAAUUAGUGUGAGCUUUUCAGUUAUAUGAAUAAUCUCCAUAAAUAGUAGUGACUGCCGAUGACUGCCUCUAAGGGAAGGUGACUUGCGCGGUGGUUCAAAUUUAUUGCCUCGCCUAAAAAUGCAAAUAUCCAGAAAGUACUGUAUAAAGCUUGAAACAUAUGAUUACAUUUGUAGGUCUCAUAGAUAUGGCGAUAAUUUUUCUAAGAUAUCUCAAAUGUCAUCAAUCAUGAUAACUAAAACAAUAAAAUGGCGUUUGAUUUUGGGGUAAAAAAAUAA